AGCCCUCCAGGACAGGCUGCAUCAGAAGAGGCCAUCAAGCAGGUCUGUUCCAAGGGCCUUUGCGUCAGGUGGGCUCAGGGCUGCCCCACUUGGGGGUUCCAGGGUGGCUGGACCCCAGAUCACUGUCCUUCUGCCAUGGCCCUGUGGAUGCGCCUCCUGCCCCUGCUGGCGCUGCUGGCCCUCUGGGGACCUGACCCAGCCGCGGCCUUUGUGAACCAACACCUGUGCGGCUCCCACCUGGUGGAAGCUCUCUACCUAGUGUGCGGGGAACGAGGCUUCUUCUACACACCCAAGACCCGCCGGGAGGCAGAGGACCUGCAGGUGGGGCAGGUGGAGCUGGGCGGGGGCCCUGGUGCAGGCAGCCUGCAGCCCUUGGCCCUGGAGGGGUCCCUGCAGAAGCGUGGCAUCGUGGAACAGUGCUGUACCAGCAUCUGCUCCCUCUACCAGCUGGAGAACUACUGCAACUAGAUGCAGCCCGCAGGCAGCCCCACACCCUCCGCCUCCUGCACCGAGAGACAUGGAAUAAAGCCCCUGAACCAGC